GCCUCUCUGGGCCACGCCCCUGCGGACUGCUCAGCCAUGCUGCACCUGCUCGCACUUUUCCUGCACUGCCUCCCACUGGCCUCUGGGGACUACGACAUCUGCAAAUCCUGGGUGACCACCGAUGAGGGCCCCACCUGGGAGUUCUACGCCUGCCAGCCCAAGGUGAUGCGGCUGAAGGACUACGUCAAGGUGAAGGUGGAGCCCUCAGGCAUCACGUGCGGAGACCCCCCUGAGAGAUUCUGCCCCCCCGAGAACCCCUACCUGUGCAGCAACGAGUGUGACGCCUCCAACCCGGACCUGGCCCACCCGGCCCGGCUCAUGUUCGACAAGGAGGAUGAGGGCUUGGCCACGUACUGGCAGAGCGUCACGUGGAGCCGCUACCCGAGCCCGCUGGAAGCCAACAUCACCCUCUCGUGGAACAAGAGCGUGGAGCUGACGGACGACGUGGUGGUGACCUUCGAGUACGGCCGGCCCACGGUCAUGGUCCUGGAGAAGUCCCUGGACAACGGGCGCACGUGGCAGCCCUACCAGUUCUACGCGGAGGACUGCAUGGAGGCCUUCGGCAUGGUGGCGCGGCGCGCCCGCGACCUGUCGUCCUCGGGCGCCCACCGCGUGCUGUGCACCGAGGAGUACUCGCGCUGGGCCGGCUCCAAGAAGGAGAAGCACGUGCGCUUCGAGGUGCGGGACCGCCUGGCCAUCUUCGCUGGCCCCGACCUGCGCAACAUGGGCAACCUCUACACGCGGCUGGAGAGCGCCAAGGGCCUCAAGGAGUUCUUCACCCUCACGGACCUGCGCAUGCGGCUGCUGCGCCCCGCGCUGGGGGGCACCUACGUGCAGCGGGAGAACCUCUACAAGUACUUCUAUGCCAUCUCCAACAUCGAGGUCAUUGGCAGGUGCAAGUGCAACCUGCACGCUAACUUGUGCUCCGUGAGGGAGGGCAGUCUGCAGUGUGAGUGUGAGCACAACACCACGGGCCCCGACUGCGGCAAGUGCAAGAGGAACUUCCGCACCCGGUCCUGGCGCGCCGGCUCCUACCUGCCGCUGCCCCACGGCUCUCCCAACGCGUGUGCUGCUGCAGGCUCUGCUGUUGGCACUGUGGGCACCUCCACCACCGCCCCUGCCCCUGCCCCGGCCUCCAAACCUUUCCAGCUCAAGCCCAAAUCGGCUCAAGUGGUGCCCAUUGAAGAGUUCCAAGACUGUGAGUGCUAUGGCCACUCCAACCGCUGCAGCUACAUCGACUUCCUAAACGUGGUGACCUGCGUCAGCUGCAAGCACAACACGCGAGGCCAGCACUGCCAGCACUGCCGUCUGGGUUACUACCGCAAUGGCUCCGCCGAGCUGGACGACGAGAACGUGUGCAUAGAGUGUAACUGCAACCAGAUCGGCUCCGUGCACGACCGGUGCAACGAGACCGGCUUCUGCGAGUGCCGCGAGGGCGCAGCGGGACCCAAGUGCGACGACUGCCUCCCCACACACUAUUGGCGCCAGGGCUGCUACCCCAACGUGUGCGACGACGAUCAGCUGCUCUGCCAGAACGGCGGCACCUGCGUGCAGAACCAGCGCUGCGCCUGCCCGAGCGGCUACACCGGCGUGCGCUGCGAGCAGCCCCGCUGCGACCCCGCCGCGGAGGACGGCGGCCUGGACUGCGACCGCGCGCCCGGGGCCGCCCCACGCCCCGCCACCCUGCUCGGCUGCCUGCUGCUGCUGGGGCUGGCCGCCCGCCUGGGCUGCUGA